UGGCAAUAAUAGUGAUAAUUUACUAAUACGUUGCUAUGAGCGUAAUGAUGACGAAAUUAUUUCUAAACUUAUGACAUAUUUAACCAAUCAAAAUUGUUAUUCUAUUCUGGCUUCGUUGUAUAUAUAUAAUAUGAAUUAUAAAAUUAACAAUAUUUUAAAAUAUGAUCAUCUUAUACUCAUUUACCUUUUACAAUGUUGAUUUCAAAAGAAAAUUUCGACCGAAAUCAAAGAAGUCGACCAAGGUUUUUCGGAAUCCAAGAUUAUGAUGAUAAUGAUGUUUUCCAAUCGAAUGAUGAUAACGGGAAUGGCGGCAGAUUUACGAAUACCUCUACAACGACAAGUGGUUACAGUAGUUGUUUUACGAGUAAUACUACUAAUGAUAAUGAUAGUCAAACAAUAUUUCAAUUUGAUGAAAUGUUUGGACAAAGCACCUGUCAAGAUAUUGAUCAAUGUUGGGGUAGUAAUUUAUCUGACAGUCCUCCAUUAGGCCGUCCACGAAGAGCAAAUCCCAAACCGUUAACAGGUCGAUAUGAAGUCGAAUUUCCAGGUAUAUUCGUUGAAGGAUUUCGUGGGGGUCAUGUGAAAUUUAAUAUACCUGGAGUAUUACAGGGUUCUCUGAAACCUACCGACUCAAUGAUAGUGAAAAUCAACGUACCAAGUCCUGAACAAUUCCAUCUAUCUGAAGUGUAUGAUCAGUCUUCAUUUGGGAAUUCUACACAAACAGAAGGAGUUUCUCAGAAUAGAGAAACUUCUACUGUAAGUACAAGUCGUUUUGCUACUUCCUGUUUCGAACAAAACACACAUCAGACAAUGUCGGAUCAUUGUAGCACUACAAUGCCUUAUACUUCAGAUAUACUUUCGAACCUCCGUUCUAAUCAUCCAAAUCCUAGUGAUUCAUAUCAGUUAAAUUCUACGGAUACUAAUAAAUCUGAUGCCCAUCUAUUACGUUGUGGUACUACUACUGAAUGUUCCACCAUUUCAUCAAAUCUUUGUUCUUCCAGUCGUUUCCCUAGUGUUUAUGAAAGAAUCUCUACAGAUUCCGGUCUACCAUCAAAUUAUUUAAUUCGUCCAGUAAUCUCUGGUCAUAGAAAAAUCGUCGAAGAAGACAAUAAUGACAGAGGUGGUUUUGAUAUUGGUGGCGGAGAGCGAAAUCCAUUUAACUUUAGUAAUGAAAAUAAUCAGUUAUCUCGUUUCGGACAAUUCGGUACUUAA